ACCGCGGUGUGGCGAACGACCGGUACCACAAGUUCUUCGCUUAAAUAUUACACAGAUUAAAUAGCAAUACACAGAAACAAAAUACAAACAAAAAAGGUUUUCGAUAAGGAGUAACAAAUUUUAAACUGUAUACGGUACUAGUGUGAAGUGUGACAAAAUGUUCAGACAUUAAAAAUAAUUGCAGUUCAUCUAAAUAUCUAUGCAUGAUGAAGAUCCCUCGUUUCUCAGACCGAGUGCAAGGUUCCGGGGCAGCCAGCAAACAGACACGCGUAGAGAUGUAUCACGACCAGUACACGGCUGGUGAGACCACGGGUGGACUCAGUGUCAUAUUCACAGUUCUGUGCAUUGUUGACCUGUUCGGGGUGUUUCCGGUGGUAGCGCUGCCAAAGAGCAUCAUAUCUUGUGGUAUCUACGGAAUACCUUUAGUCCUGUCAGUGUUCGCUUUACAACUGUACACUGCAGUAUUGCUCGGCCGAAGCUGGAUUUUAGCGCACGAAAUCACACCAAAUAUUAGAGAGAAGAGUCGAUUCCCAUACGCAGCAGUGGCUGAACUAGCAUUUGGGAAGUACGCCCGCACUAUCGUCACCUUUCUUAUUGAUGCCACAGUGUUCGGCGCUGGGGUUCCCAACUUCAUUUUUGCAUCUCAGAGUAUGCAACUAUUUUGGUGGAAAAUAACAAGCGGGGAGAUCCGCAUUACUUACUGCGUUUGGAUGUUAGUCAUUGGAUUACUGCUCUGUCCUGUCAUGUGGCUUGGAUCACCAAAGGAUAUGAAGCCUCUUGCUCUAUCAUCGGUGUUCAUCGUCAGCUCUGUCGCCGUUAUGACCUGGACCGGCAUUAUACUGGACACCACAUCACCGCCAGCUUCGGGAGACGUGCUCACCUAUAUUCCGAAUAAAAGGGACUUUCUUGUUGCUUAUGGUAUCAUGGCAUUUCAGUUCGACAUUCACCCCAUGUUACUGACGCUACAAGUGGACAUGAAAGACAGUCGCAAGAUUAACUCGGCCGUACUCGGCGGGUUCUCCAUCACCAGUUUUGUGUUCAUGGUGACCACCUUCCUGGCAGCACAUCGCUACGGCAAUAACGUCGAGAGUAACAUCCUUCAAGGUAUGCCUCCCUCACUAACUCUAUAUGUUGUGGCUCUGUUGGUCACCUUACAGUUAUGUUUGUCCAGUGCCGUAGGGAAUUCAGCCUUAUUCCUACACGUCGAAGAUCUACUGCAUAUACCUAGAGAAUUCUGUCUACAACGCUGCCUCCUACGCUCAAGUAUUAUUGCAUUAGCAGUAUUCCUCGGCGAAUCCGUUCCUCGGUUCGACCUCGUCAUGGGCUUACUAGGCUCCACACUAACCGGGCCUCUCAUGUUCAUAUUUCCACCAUUAUUCUUUCUAAGACUGUGCUUUAUGAAAUCAACAAUGUCUAAGAGACUACAGUCUGAAAGACUGAACAAUAACAAUCAUAGCGAUCUGUCAAACUUCCCGCUCAUCUUACACAGAAUGAAUACAAAGUACAAAACAUUCACGACGCAGAUCAAACAAAUGGGAGCUGAUGAAAUGAACGAAUACAAUAUAAAAUGGUACGACAUAUUGUUGGCUUUAUUUGUUAUGUUUCUGGGUAUAAUGGCGACUGCGCUGGCAACUUAUUCGAGUUGGUCUGACGCGAUACAGUCGGCCGCGUUCGCUCCGCCAUGUUUGAUUAACUCUACGGCGGCCGCGAGAAUUUUUAUUGAAGCCACUAUGUCUAAGAGUUAAAAUAAUUAUAAUUUAUUUUAUAUUUCACCUUCUCGAAAAGUGGCUUCAAUCGACGUGACAACUGGGUCCAAAGUGUUUCAUUUAUUUCGUACAGAAUAUAAUCAUAAUAUGCACCUAGAAUAGUUCAAUGGAAAUCGAUUAAUAACGUCAAAAUCAAUUUCUAACGCGUUUUUCAUGUUUUUUGUUUAGCUUUUGAUUAAGUAUAUUUUGACUGACACAGCACUAACCAGUUACAAUGUAUGUACUAUGUGACAACUUUUAAAAUACUUAUAAGAGUCAAACAAACUUCAAUAGCUCUAUACGUUGUAUUUGUAAAUGUGAUUUACAAUUAAACCUGCCUUAAUUUUCUUCGCAGGUGUACUGUAAAACAUUCUAGAUAAUAUUAUGUAUCACUUGGGGAAAAGUGGGAUUCCACUACUCGGUGUUCGACUUCGUCUCGUGCUUACAAAUUACAUCCUGUUUAGGAUUCUGGAUUCGCUAACUUUUUCGCUUGGUGUUUGUAAUACUAUUAUAAUAAUUUUAUAAUGAAACAUAUUUAAAUUGUUAAUUAAACCCAUUUUGAAGAUAUUAAAUUGAUACUAAGAUUACUAGUAUUAGCACAGAGUAGUGAUGGAUACUUACGUGUAUUAGGUUACUUUUUUUGGAACCAAUAGCAUAAUGUGAACUGUGAGGAGUGUGAGGUCAGCAACAGUCAUUUGUUUUUAUCAUUUAAUUGACAUUUUUGACAGUUGUCACUGUUUACUGUCACGUUUAAGCAUGGCUAGGCGCGGCUGAACGAUGUUAUGCUAAGAUGUAAAGACGAUAUGAUAUAAUGACGUAUUAUAAUAUUGACAAAAAUGUAUAGAUAUAAGUAAAUAUAGUUAUACGUUCGAUAAUUUAUACGUCUAUAAUUUAGACGAAAGAAGCUCUAUAUAGACUCUAAAACAGGCCAUGUUUAUUACUUUAGUGUGCGUGACAAGCUACGUCUUACACUCGCAAUUUGUACCAAUGUCACUGUGUGUUUGUGUGCGUGCAUUGCUCAAAAUACAGGUUAACUGUCAAAGUUUUGUUUUCACAGCUGUCACAGUCUGUCUUGUCGUAUAAAUGUUCUAAGAGUUAUACCUAUCCUUGUUGUUAAUUGGUUAAGAAAACGUUUAAAUAAAUUGUGAAGAUAUUUUA